CACAAAAAGUCAUCGUGUAAAACCUGUCAGAUCUUUGCAUAGCAGAUUUCUAAACCUUCCCCGCCCUCUUCCUCACUGCUCAACUCCCUCCCUUUUCUAAGUUUUCAGUCAAGAUAAGCUCAGACUCACACCAUGGGCAAUUACAGAGGCAUUGUAGGAGGCUACCUGGAUUGUGCUUCUCUACCACUGAGGAACUUCUAACCAUCUGUACCAUGACCAUAAAAUGAAGGCUUCUCCAGGCAUGCAGACAAGUAGGAUUUUACUGCACAUCUUUCUAAUGGUGCUUCUUCUGAGUAAUCAUCAGGUUCACGGAGUAACUUGUUCUGUUGAAGUUAUGAUUAAAAGGCAGUCCCGAUAUACAGGCAAAUCUGGGCAAGUUGCGACUAUAGAAUGUCCAGUAAAAUACUGCCAUGAGAAGCCAUCCAUGUCUUGGUGCAAAGUAGAAGGGAACGACUGCUUACCUCUGCAAACCAGGGAAACCUACACAAAAUGGACAGAAGAUACCAUAUUUGUUCUGACUUUUUCCUCAGUUCAUCGGAACGACAGUGGGCUUUACCGUUGUCAAGCAAUAUCAGGCAAUAUAAGCAGUGUAAGCCAUUCAGUAAAUGUUACCAUUUUAGAAGGAGAUACAAGUACCUCUGCAAAUCCAUCAACAAAUACCACCAGCAUCCAACAAAAUCCCCAAGGAUAUAAAAAUGACAAUAUGAAGUGGAUUAUUUAUGGCACAUCAUCUCUGGGGGCGUUGUUUCUACUCAUCCUGAUAUGCCUAUGUUGUCUCAAAUGGCACAAAGUGAAAUCCAAGACAACUCCAGCAACUUCACAGACAGAAAUAAACAUGGUCAACAGCCCUACAGAUGUCCAAUCCUACAUCAACAGGACUCCUGCAGCUCAAAAUGAAGGGGCUACAUUUGACUACUGCAUCAUGAAAAGCCAACUACAGCUGCCAGAUGGAAGUGCAGUUUAUGACAAUGAUGUUCCUCACUGGAAUGGUCAUGGGGCAGAACCAAGGCCUGCCUGUGACAAACCUGCUAUCCCUUCUAAACUACGCUUAACAGAGAGCCUAGACUCCAUCGUUUAUGCUUCACUAAAUCAUUCUGCUGUUGCAGACAAUUUCCUGCCAAGAGAGCUAGAUGUAAAUAUUGAACUUACAGAAUAUGCUGCUAUUAAUGUGAAGAAAUAAGUUGGGCAAUGACAACUCCUUCCUUUAGCCAAUACCUUAAUGUUGUGUGUGCCACUAGGACUCCAGUUUCACCACAGGGACAUCUUUCCUUUUUAUCUAGGGGGGUUUCUCUUUGUUUAGAAGAACAUAAUCAUUCUGAUGAUAUGUUCUGGAAUUCACACUUUAAUGGAGCUCACAUGGAUAGCUCUGUAUUAACAAGUGCAUAGGUCUUUUCCAUCACCCUUGUGAAUUUACUUGAAACUCUCAUGUUCUUGGAAAGUCUCUUUGUCUCUAUUCAAACAUAGCCCAGAGCUAGGUAAACCCUUGGACAGAUCACAUUUGUUUUAAAAGUAAGACUAAAAAAGUAAGACUGAAUGCAUAGGAUUUUUUUUUUCUAAAUUAUAAAAGGCAGUGAGCUAUACUAGUUCCAUCUGGGGGAAAUAAUGGGUUAUUUUUGUUCAUGGAGUUUUUGCAGAUUCACAUUUUGCUAGAACAAAUAUAUUUAAAGCUUAAAAGACUACAUGUCUUUUGGAAGUUUUCUAUGAACCCCAAGAAUGUAUAAACCUGCUACUAACCAACAACAAGCUUUUUUGGGGGUUUUUUUUACUGCUAGGUUAUGUUUCUUAACCACCAGCCAGUUUAGGAAAAGUUACCUAAAUAACAUGAAGAAUGAUCAGGGAGUAAUCAGUGGUAAUGGAGAAGUAUGAAUAUAAAGGGGGUG